GUCACGUGAUACAGGCUUUGUGUUAUCGAUAGCAGUUCCGUGUCGUAACACGAAGACGGAUCUGACGCGAUAUACUAUGUAGAUCGGGUGAGCUGUAUCACGGGUUAAUAUAUAGUGAGGGGAGAGUAACAUUCGUCGAGCAAAAUGAGUGAACCAGAAACCGACACAAACACACAGGGACCCAGACCAGAGGAUGACAGUAUUCCAGCCCAAGAGGAAACACCAAACCCUGCAAAGAACAGCAACGAAACAAGUGAAGAAACGUCGAAACCCCAACCGGAAGUACCACAAAAUAACAAACCGGAAGUGACGUCCAAUCCCACAGUGGAAGUAACCGCUAAUCCCAAACCGGAAGUGACAUCCAAUCCCACACCGGAAGUAUCUUCUAAUCCCUCACAGGAAGUAACCGUUAAUCCCAAACUGGAAGUUGCAUCAAAUCCCACACCGGAAGUAACCUCUUAUCCCGAACCGGAAGUAGCCUCUAAUUCCACACCGGAAGUAACCCCUGACCUCCCAGCAGACGAACAUCAAGCAGAAGACUCCAACAAACAACCAUCUACUGAAACAGCAGACCCAUCGGAUUCACCCCCAACUGGCCCUCCCAAUUCAGUUCCGGGUGGAGGGGAGGACAACACUGUAGAGAACGGAGGCAAUGACCCCCCACCCACAGUCCUCCACCGUCACAUCUCCGUCCCUACAAUGUCUUUUGAUGAGAAACGUGAGUUCUACCACCAGAUCCUGUCACCCUGUGGAGAACUGUCUCCAUCCUUGAAAGAGAUGGCGGAGUCUGAACUGAAUGAGACUGAUUCUGUACGGAGUGAGAAGCUUCUAGAAUUGCGGAAGAUGCUGACGAACGAGGCGGACACGGAGAAAGGGGAUGCUGUGUCGGAGUUCUUUGGGGGAAAGAAGGACUCGUAUCUUAUCAGGUUCCUCCGGACCAAGAAGUUUGAUGUGAAGAAGACCUAUGAGAUGAUGUCAGCCUAUGUGAAGUUCAGGGCGAAAUACCAGUCCGUCACUGACCAGCUGACCUACAACGGGGUGCGCCACGCCCUUGAGCAGUCCUUCCCCGGGGUGCUGCCAGUCAAAGACAAACAGGGUCGUGUGGUGAUCAUGUACGACACGGGGUCGUGGGACCACAACAAAAUCUCGUUUGACGAGAUGUUGGCAAGCUUCCUGUUUCUUCUCGAGAACCUGGUUGAGAAUGAGGAGAACCAGAUCCGGGGCUUUGUUGUCUUGGAAACGUAUGAAGAUUACCACAUCAGCCAAGCCAUGCAGUUGAAGGCGUCCGACGUCAGGAAGCUGGUGGAUAUGCUGCAGGGGGCGUUUCCAGGUCGGUUCAAGGGAUUCCACGUGAUACGGCAGCCAUGGUACUUCAGCAUGGUAAUGGCGCUGGGUAGACCCUUCAUGAAGAACAAGCUAGCGUCCAGGAUUUUCGUACAUGGUAACAAUUUGAAGAAGCUGUAUGAAUGGAUCAGUCCCCAACACUUGCCGGAGAAAUAUGGCGGCAUCGGUGAGGACUAUGACCCCCAGCCUUUGCUUGAAGAAUUGCGGGAUACCCUGCUACAGAGGGGAGACUUCACAAUCGCUCAGACCAGCUAGACACGUGACGAAUGAGGGACAUUGUGACGUCACUUGGUCAACUUAACGACAGUUGUCUGUGUAGCGACAGGGCGGUGGGGUAGCCUAGUGGUUAAAGCUUUGCUCGUCACGACGAAUACCCGGGUUCGAUUCCCCACAUGGUACAAUGUGUGAAGCACAUUUCUGGUGUCCCUCGUCCUGAUAUUGCUCAGAUAUUGCGGCGUAAAUCUAAACUCACUCAUUGUGUAGACAACACUGGCUGGACAUUGAACGGGUAGCUGGACAGUGUGACACCAGCUAGAUACUGUAGUGAGUGAGUGAGUUUAGUUUUACGCCGCUUCAAGCAAUAUUCCAGCAAUAUCAUGGCGGGGGACACCAGAAAUGGGCUUCACACAUUGUACCCACGUGGGGAAUCGAACCUGGGUCUUCGGCGUGACGAGUGAACGCUUUAACCGCUAGGCUACCCCACUGCCCCGCUGGAUACUGUAACAACAUCUAAGUGUCGACAGCGGUGACACGGUGGAAACGUCAGCGAAGUUUUUGACACACGGAACCACUGGAGUCUGACAUUUUGAAAAUGAAAAUCCAAUGAAUUUGCAUGUUUUCCGAACUGUCAAAAUAGUGGUGGCGUUUGGGAGUUGGUUGGUUUUGGACGUCAUCAGGUCAUGAAAUCUCGGACAAGUGAGAACAUGCGCGAAUGUCGGUAGUCAUUGUACAAUAAACAGACAUUGAGGGAGGGAUUUGGAUUAAUGGAGCCAUCGGAACAUACCAUUGAGAGUUUGUUGAGUUCGGAUGAAUCGAAUUAUACUCAUUAAAACUCAAAACACAA